AUGUCAAUUAGCGGAACACCAGAGCUUUCAGAAGGGGCUAAUAACAAGUCAUUAACGCCGCCUACCUCAGGCUCUACUAGAGAUCCAAGCGACGUGGAGGGAACUUUACAUGAUAAGAUUGCUUCUGAUCCUUGUAAUAUUCUUGUCUAUCUGGAAUUGGUCCAGCGGUACGAGUCGAAAGACGCAUACGAUGAGUCUCGUAAGGUUUACGAAGAGCUGCACAAGCGAUUUCCCCUCUACUCGCCUCUAUGGACGUUGCAACUGAGAGGCGAGCUGCAAAGAGAUGAAUUUGAGACUGUCGAAAAACUUCUAUCCCAAUGUCUCUCAGGAGAAUAUGCUAAUAACGAUAUAGCGUUAUGGUCUACUUACUUAGAUUAUGUGCGUCGUAGAAAUAAUCUGAUUACUGGAGGACAGGAAGCGAGAGCAGUAGUUCUGAAAGCAUUUGAUUUAGUUGUGGAAAAAUGUGGCAUCUUUGAACCACGUUCUUCCCAUUUUUGGACUGAUUACCUAAGCUUCUUGGAACAGUGGAAACCUGUUAACAAAUGGGAAGAGCAACAACGGUUAGAUAUGCAAAGAAAACUUUAUAAGAAGAUGUUAUGUGUGCCGUUUGAAAACAUAGAGAAGAUGUGGAACAAAUAUACACAGUGGGAACAGGAGGUAAAUUCAUUAACUGCGAGAAAAUUCAUUGGUGAGUUGUCUGCCGAUUAUAUGAAAGCCCGUUCGGUAUACCAAGAGUGGUCUCUUUUGACAAAGGGGCUAAAGCGAUCAAUUCCAUCAAGCUUGAAUACUGCCAACAAGAAUACGAUUCCACAAUCAGCAGAGUUCUUUGAUCCUGCCCAAUUACAAAUAUGGCUCAAAUGGAUUAGAUGGGAGAAGAAAAAUAAACUUGAGUUACCAGAAGAAGUUUUGAAGGCAAGAAUAAUAUACGUUUACAAACAGGGUAUUCAGCAUAUGUUAUUUUCGGCUGAAAUGUGGUACGAUUACGCUAUGUAUAUUACGGACGUUUCUGAACGUCAACAGAUACUAUAUACAGCGGUCUUGGCUAAUCCUUCUUCACCUUCACUCACAUUCAAACUUGCAGAAUGUUAUGAGGUGAAUAACAAUUUUGAAAUAGUGCAGAAGUGUUUCGAGGACUGUGCUCAGAGCUUACUGUCGAAAUAUCAUUUGGCCAUGGUCCGCCAGGACGAAACAUUAAUUUACAAGCAAAGAAAAGAGUUGACAUUUGUUUACUGUGUAUAUAUGAACUCAAUGAAAAGGCUAUCGGGGUUAUCAGCUGCUAGGUCUGUGUUUGGUAAAUGCCGGAAAUUGAAAAAUAUUCUGACCCACGAUAUUUACAUUGAAAACGCCUACUUAGAAUUCCAAAAUCAAAACGAUUAUAAAACGGCCUGUAAGGUUUUGGGACUGGGAUUGAAAUACUUUCAAACUGACUCAUUGUACAUUAACAAAUAUUUGGACUUUUUAAUAUUAACAAACAGAGAUGCACAGAUAAAAAUUCUCUUUGAGACCUCGGUUGACAAAGUAAAGGACCUGGAGGCUUUGAAAUCCAUUUAUAAAAAAAUGAUAAGCUAUGAAUCAAAAUGCGGCAGUCUGAAUAAUGUGUAUCUACUUGAGAAAAGAUUUUUUGACCGUUUCCCCGAGGAGAAUCAAAUUGAAACUUUCACAGACCGCUAUUUAAUUCAAAAUCAAAAUUUAAUAAAGAAAUUGGAAUUAACCUAUAUGGAUGAUGAACCAUCAUUUUCGGGGGAUACCUCUGACAUAAUUACAAAAUCAUCAAAAAGGUUCCGGGAAAGUCAGGAGUAUAAUCAAGCCAAUAAAAAAGCCAAACAAGGCCCACUCAUCCCGUCAGAAAUUAUUGAUCUUCUUGCUAUACUUCCAAAACGCCAAUACUUCAAAUCCGCUCUAUUGGAUCCGCAAAGUAUGAUAAACUACUUAAACGAACAAGUAGAGCUGCCAAAGGAGGCACAAUAA